CCUUGCAACAACACAUCACACUCAACUCAUUCAUUCACUCAACCCACUCAUGCAGAAUAGAGCCACGCUCAAUUAACGACAUCAAUUCUGUGAAGCCCAAUACUAUCAACCGGUCACUCAGUUAAUCAUGGAGAACGGCGCUAUAACUCAGGGAGAGGGUAAGGACCCAUCAGGCUGGCUCAGCGAAAUCAUUGGACAUCCUGUCACGGUCAAGCUCAACUCAGGUGUUGUUUACAAGGGGGAGCUGCAGUCUGUGGAUGGAUACAUGAACAUUGCCCUGGAAAAGACCGAGGAGUAUGUUAAUGGCGCCAAGCGAAGAAGCUACGGCGACGCCUUUGUCAGAGGCAACAACGUCAUGUAUAUCGCUGCCAAUUAA